AUGUCGUCGGCAACCCCCGAUCCCCAGCCGAACAACCCCGCGCCGACACACACGACAGAGGCCCCAACGCCAUCACAACCACCCAACCAGCCCGCCGUCCAAAACGACCCCGAAGACGAUGACUCGGACUUUGACGAGCUGGACGAGGUCCUCGAUAACUUCAAACCCAAAGCGCCUGACGCGCCCGCCCCGAAACCCGACGCCACGCCCGCUCCCGCCACGCAACCGGCCGGCGAUGCCGACUUCGACGAGGAGGCCUUCAUGCGACAGCUCGAAAAGGACAUGGCCAGCAUGAUGGACCAGGCCGCCAAGGAGUCCGGCACCGCCGACAGCCACGGCUUCGAGAGCGCCGUCAACCAAGGCGCCGACGCCUUCACCAAGCAGCUCGAGGAGAGCGGCAUCCCGCCUGGCGACUUUCUCAAGCAGCUGAUUGCUGAUGUCAUCGCCGAGGGCGGGGGUGAGGGUGAUGCGUCCGCCGCGGCGGCGGCGGCAGCGGCUGCCACGGGGGCAUCGGCGGGCCCCUCGACGCAGGCGCCAGCGGGUGCGGCCGACGCGCCACCGGAGUCGUUUAACGACGCGAUCCAGCGCACGAUCAACCGCAUGAAGGAGUCCGGCGACAAGGCGACGGCGGCGGCGUCGGAGGAUGACAUCUCGGACGACCUGGUGGCGCAGCUGCUCAAGGCGGUCGAGGCGGGAGCGUCGGCGGGGGAUGAUGGCGACCUCACCAAGAUGUUCAUGGGCAUGAUGGAGCAGCUGUCCAACAAGGAAAUGCUGUACGAGCCCAUGAAGGAGCUGGACACCAAGUUCCAGCCGUGGAUCGCGGAGAACAAGGGCUCGGACAAGGUGUCGGCGGAGGAUAUGGCGCGGUACGAGUCGCAGGCCGUUAUUGUAUCUCAGAUUGUCGCCAAGUUCGAGGAGCCCGGGUACACGGACGAGGACCCCAAGUGCCGGGAGUACGUGUGGGAGAAGAUGCAGGAGCUAACGAGUGUCUCGCAGAUGCAAGCUGCGGGCAACCCGCCAGAGGAACUCGUCGCCAAUCCCUGGAUGGACGACAUGAAGGGGCCCGGGGGCGCCAUGCCGCCGGACUGCCCACAGCAGUGA